AUGAGAAACUCACCAAAAUGUGACUGUGGAGCAGAGAAGCAGACCAUCUACCACAUAGCUUUUGUAUGUCCUAUCUACGCCUAUCGAGGUCCCAGAAUCGACUGCCUCACAACCUCUUCCGCAUUUAUUAAAUGGCUGGAAGAAUUAGAACUAGAUCUCUAA